CCAGCUGGCAGCACUGAAAAGUGGUGAUUCUCUCCUAAUCUGGUUUUGUUAAUGUUUUAUAUUUAUCUUUUGUAAUUAAUUGUUUUCUUCCUCAUCUUUUUUAUUGUUCAUUGAUAUGGACAAGUUUUUGGUCGAUUUAGACUCUGUAUUGGACAGAUUAGAAGCCGAGGAUGCUGAUAGAUGUUCCACAGAAAAUGAUGAGCCCUGUGAUAUUUUGGAUUCAAAGCUUUAUAGAAACAGUGUUUGUGAUAAAAGUAAACAGGUUGGAUUCAAUCAUUACCACAGAGAGCCAAAUGCAGUAAAAUCAAAUGACACUGAUUUAGCCACUGCCUCUGGUGGGCUUGAUUUCCUGCUUCCAUCUGAGCCAAAAUCCUCCAAAAUUUCUCUGGAGAAUGAUCUAUCUGGUAAAUUGAGUGAUUCUACCAUCAAACCUGAAAGCAGUGAUGUCAAAAGUGUUAUUGAUAGUGUAAUAUCUCAAAUUGAGCAAACUGAAACUCAGCAUUUCAUUGAGGUCAGUUGUGAAUCAAUUGAGAAAACGAGUGUCACUGGUACUCAACACCAGCUUAAUAGUAGUGGUGAUUGUCUGAAUGAUGCUGUUCUCGCUUAUCUUGGUAGCACUGCUGAUGAUAAAAAUAUAACUGGUGAUAAUGAAGUUGAUAGUCAAUUAAUUAACUAUGACUAUGGUGGCUCACUUACUUCCCAUCAAGACAAUAGAAUCCAACAAUCGGUGAAUCUCGAGCAAACAUCCAAUUAUAAUAGUUGUGUAGAAUCUAAACAAGGCCUUGGAGUGAAAAUUGGACUCAGCAGUUGUGAAAAGGAUGAGUCUGUUUUAAAUUCUGGUGAAAGUGCUUCACAACUUAAGGAUAAAUCAAUGGCUGAAAAGAUUGAUUCUAUUGUUGAUCCCAAUGAAAAUAGUAUUAAUGAUGACAGGAUGGAUUUAUUAAGAAAUCCCACCUCUUAUUAUAAUUCUGCUUCUACUUCUACCACUACUUCUACCAAUAUCGAAACCGAGAAUUGUACAAAUCUUAUGCAAAGUGAUUCUGAUAAUCAAUUGAGUAAUUUUCAUUCAUCAUCUCUUUUGAUUUCAUCGCAAGCUAGUGAAAAAUCUGAAGAACCUCACAUAAAUUUAGUUGAAGAUGUAUCAACUGAAGAAGAGAUGACAGAAGAAGAGGAGAAAGCCAUGGAAAAAGAAUUAGAAUCUGAGUUGCAACGAUUAAACUAUCAAUCAGAGUCAAAUGAUUUGGAGAAGGAUGAAAUUGAAUCUAAAAUGACAACAGCGUCAACAUCAUCUACAACAUCAUCAACUCAAUCAUCACCUUUAACAUCAACUUCAUCUCCUUUAUCGACAUCAUCCUCUGUAUCAGUUUCAUUAUCGAAAUCAAAUGUAAUGCCUGAAUCCAAUAGUGGACAAAAUUUAGAUUGUUCAAGUGAAUCUCAUCAAUCAUCAACCAAUGAAUCUUCUAAUGAUGGGAAUACCAAUGAGACUAGGAGGGAAGAAGAAAAUCCUAAUAAUAGUGGCAAUAAUGAUAUUAAUGUAUUCACCAAACCCAUUCGACCAGCAUCUCUUCCUAUUUCUAAUUCAAUCCAAUCAAAUCAACCUGAACCUGUGAAUGAAUUACCACCUUCACCUCCACCUACCUCGAGUUAUGUUGAACGUGAUGUUUUGCCCGAAAAUGUUCAAGCCCCGAUGUCAAGUAUUGGCUAUUUUAAGCCUUUCUGGAUACCCGAUGAAGAAGCUUAUUAUUGCAUGAUCUGUGAGGCAAAAUUCACCGUAAUGAAGAGGAGACAUCAUUGUCGUGCUUGUGGUAAAGUUUUAUGCGCUCAAUGUUCUCGCGGUAAAGCACCAUUAGCCUAUCUUUCGUUCAAAGAAGCAAGAGUUUGUAAUCAAUGUCUCCCAUUGUUGACUGAAGGAGUAAACAAUUCUGGUCAUGAGAACUCGCAAAUCUUAAAUGGACAACAACAACAUGGAGCUGAAGGUCUUCAAACACCAAGUGCUCCGCCUCCCCAUCAACUGUCAUCAGCGUCAACAUCAUCUUCUUUAGUGGCAAGAGCAUCAGCACAACCCCAAUCUUCAUCGUCUACUAUUCAACCUGUUAGUGUUUUACGUCGAUCUUCCAAACCUCGAGGCGAACCAAAACAGGUAAUCUUUUCUGAUGGAAUCAGGCCUGGAAAUGAUUUAAAAGAUGACCAAGUUACAUCGGUUUCUCACAGGCGUCAUGCUAAAAAGGUUAAAUCACCACCAAUCGAGAAAAAUCCUUCGUCUCCUGGUUUUACUUCUAAGUCUCGCACUUCUAAUCGUAUUGUUAUUCAAGAUGCUAAUGGGCAAUUACCUCCAAUUAUAAAUAAUCCGUCUCUACAAUCAAAUCCAUCCCUGGAUAACUUGAUGUCUUUAUUAGAGCAGAGUGAUGAACCUCCGAUUACAUUUAGUUUAACUAAAAAUCUAAUGGCCUUGGUAAAACUUGUUAAACUAGAUUGUUGUACAAAUGAACACUGUUGGACUUUUACCAGUCGUAAUUUAGCUGUUGUUGGUCAAGAUGAGAUUAUUGUUGUUCUUGAAAAAGUUUCUGGUGAAAAUACUAUACCAAGAGACAUAUUUCGUCUCUUUGCUUACAUUUAUGAUUCAGCAAGUAAAGGUUUUCCUUUCUCGGAGCUGAGCCAUAUUUUGAAUCCAGAAGGAUUUUUUGGAUGUAAAGAUUUCCCAGGAUUUGUUUUCAUUCGACCAACAUUCCAGUGUCUUAAUAAAAUAACUCUUCCUUCAGCACCCUUUUUAGUCGGAGUAUUGAUUCACAAGUUUGAAGUACCUUGGGCGAAAUUAUUUCCUUUACGACUCAUUCUUCGAUUGGGUUCUAAAUAUCGCUGCUACCCUUGUCCAGUUGUUAGUUAUCGCCAACGAAGGCCCUCUUACUUUGAAAUUGGACACACUGUUAUGGAUAUUUUAGCAGAUUUUCGUAAUUUUCAAUAUACUCUACCUGUGAUACCUGGAUUGACUAUCCAUACUGAAGCCAAACGGACAACAGUUACUUUCCCUAAAAAUCGUUAUGACAAAGUUAUGAAAGCUCUAGGAUCAAGCAAUGAAUAUGUAUUAUCUUUUGGGGGAACUUUCAGUUUAACGGCUGAUUCACAUUUAACUUGUAUUCAAAAUGACGAUGGACAAUAUCAUACGCAAACAAUAAAACUGCCUGUGAAUGAAUCAGAACCCAAGGUUACCGGGGCCAGUUUCAUUGUUUUUAGUGGAGCUUUGAAAUCAUCAACAGGAAUGUUGGCAAAGAUGAGUGUUGUUGAAGAUGGUUUAUUGGUUCAAGUUACUGCAAACAGUUUGAAUUCGUUGAAAUCUUCUCUCAAAGAUAUGAAAGAUUUCACUAUUGAAUGUGGCAAAAAAGAUAAUCCGACUUCUGAAGAAAGUGUUUCUCUUGUUUGGGGGGAAGACGAUAAACAAUUUAAUUUAAGAGUUCGAAGUUGCAUAGAUGGCCUUUCUUUAGAAGGAAUUCGAAGCAUAAGAAUGUACAACGGAACCGAUUUUGAAGGAGACAAAUUUUUAAUACGCUGGGUUGAAUUGUUUCUCAUUCAAAAUACAGAGCUUCCAAGAAGUGGAGACGGUUAUGAUGCUGGAAGAGCAGCAGAAAUAAUUGCUCAGUCAUUCUGUCCAGCCUUAGUACCUUGUCUAGAAUCAUUGGUUGAUAACAAAAUUAAUAAAAUUGGUUUAAGGGUUACUUUAGAUUCGGAUAAGAUUGGCUACGAUGUUGGCAGUAAUGGCUCACCUUUACCACCCAAUUAUGUUGAUCGCUUAGAUGCAGCCUUGGUACCAAUAAUAAUGGGAAACAUUGCACCAAACUUGGAAGUUCGCCUUGUUAUUGAAUUGAUAUUUUAUAUUUUAGUUAAAUGAUUACUUAUCAAAGCAAAAUAUUGUUAUUUUAGUAAUUUUUUGUCUAUUGUUACCCUAGAUAGAGAUUAAAAUCAAAUGAUUGAACUUUUUAACAAAUCAGUACAUGUUAAAAUGUAACGAUUUGGCAAAAUACUUAUGAGUGCAAAAAAACUACACAAAUUGCUAACUAUUUUAAAAACACCGAGUCACUCAUUAAAAAAUACAAAUCAAUAGUAAAUAUUGCAACUUUUUCCCUUUCUGUAACAAACAUAAGAUCUAAUAAAGGAUUUAAAGUUUUAACCUUUAA